UUCAUAUUCAGUUUUCCCUCUACAUGUUUCCAUUACCCAGCCUUUAAUUUUUAUUUUUAUUUAAAUGACACACAUAAUUUAGUAUAGUGGUUCACUUAACACACUGCAUACUGACUUGAGGAGUAUAAAGCAGAGUUGUUAGCCCUAGGGCACCAGGCAAUCACUUUAAGCAAUACUACAUGCUCAUCAUUUAUUUUGACUCCUUCCUGUAAUCCAGUCAUGUCACAGCAAGCAACACUCCACCCUCAAACAAAAAAAAUAUCCCAGGAAACUCUAGUCUUUGCAUGGUAAUGCUGCACGACUGAGUGACAGCUUCUGCUUGUAUAGGUGCAGUUUCUUUCCAGACAGUGGCUUAGAAGGGGGGUGGGCUUCUGUACUCACUGCCUCUUCUGCAUUGGCUAAACGUACACAACCUUCCUCAUUUCAUCCUCACUUUUUUUGGUUGAGAAGUAAACUUGCAGCUGCCUAGCGGAGUGCACGUCAGCUGUGAUCUGCUCUCCAGUGAUUUCCUCUGACACCAUGAGCUCAGAGACAGAUGAAUCAAAAGAUGUGGCGGCAGAGGUAUUCAGCUCAAAGUACCUGGCUGUGAAGGCCCAAAAGAAGAUUCUUGGGAAAAUGGCUUCUUCUAAAUACAUAGCAACAUCACUGAUUGAUGAUACAAGCGGUGAAGUGUUAGACGAACUAUAUCAAGUAACUAAGGAAUACACUGAGUGCAAGAAAGAUGCUGAGAAAAUUAUUAAGAACCUCAUCAAGAUAGUUAUAAAACUAGCUGUUCUGUACAGAAACAAUCAGUUUAAUCCGGAUGAGAUUGCAAUGAUGGAAAAAUUCAAGAGAAAAGUUCACCAGCUGGCCAUGACCGUGGUCAGCUUUCAUCAGGUGGAAUAUACAUUUGACAGAAAUGUACUUUCAGCAUUGUUGAAUGAAUGUCGUGACCUGCUUCAUCAAGUCAUCCAGCGCCACCUUACAGCAAAGUCUCAUGGACGUGUCAAUAAUGUGUUUGAUCACUUUUCAAAUUGUGAUUUUUUGGCUGCUUUAUAUAAUCCAUUUGGACCUUACAAACCCCAUCUUCAGAGACUCUGUAAUGGUGUGAACAAAAUGCUUGAUGAGGAUAACAUUUAAGCACUUGACUAAUAAAAUAUUCAGACACCUUAAUAUUACAUGCUGAAAAAUAACUAGGAGCCAUGAGGGUUUAAUGCAACAUGUAGAAAGGGGUAUUUUACUUUUGGAUCACCCAUAAACCAAAUGGAUUCCUUCUGAUCUGUUGCAAUUUACCAAUCCUCUACCAGGAGGUAUAUUCCUUUUGAAGUCAUAAUGUACAGAUCAGUUACUGAUACUUAAGGAAAAUGCAGAUGUCUGAUUUCUAAGGAAAUUAACCAAAAAGUGAAUCUUAUAGAGCUGCUGCAUCUGGAGUGGUAUUAUUUAUGACCUUUCAAUAGGCCACAUAAUGUAACGUGAUAGAAAACGGCACGUUUAUUUUUUCCCUGUGUAUGUAAAUUGUGUAUUAUUCUGAUACUUUGCGCAUUUGUAUGGUCUUGAUAUGUAAAUGAAUAAAAGGCAGCUUUCUUUUGCUUUUGUUCUAAACUACCUACUUUUUUUUUCUUUUUUGCAAAGAUUAAAAAUAAAAGUGUUACAUUGA